AUGAAACGAAAGGCGUCGUCUAUUCUUGCUCGACCCAGUCCAUAUCACUCUUCGGUAACUCUCUACGAAGCUACAGAGGAAGCAACGACACUCCGACGUUCAAAGAGAAUAAAAGCGGAACCGGAUUCAAGCACUGUACCUCCAGAGAGCGACGCGACCACCGAGGCCGCCACUAGUACGGAGGCCACACCCAAGAAAGCUCUCAGGGCAAAAUCGGUGAAGGUGGUCGAAGUGGACGAAGAGCUAGCAUCUUCGUCUACCCCUGAGCCACCGAAGCGGAAACGGUCAACCGCGGCGCCUCGGAAACCGAAGUCUAUACCCACGGCGCUGGAGACCCCACAUCCUGCCCCGGCGCGCUGGCAGGAGACAUACGACACCAUUAAGCGGAUGCGGGCGCAGAUCGUCGCGCCCGUCGACACCAUGGGCUGUGACCAGGCGCAACUCAAGGAGACAGACCCAAAGAAUCAGCGGUUCUCGACUCUCGUGUCGUUGAUGCUCUCCUCCCAAACCAAGGAUGAAGUUACAGAUGCUGCCGUGACCAAGCUACGCGAUGCCGUAGGCGGAAGUCUCUCCGUGGAUGCCAUCCUGCAGGCCGACGAGAGCGCUAUCGCGGACGCGAUAUGCAAAGUCGGCUUCUGGCGCCGCAAGACGGGGUGA